AUGACCACCAAAUUAAUAGGUGUUACUGUGAUAUUAUUUUUAUUAGUUUUUAUUAGGAAUGCUCUGCUACAAGGAUCGGGGGAAAAUGGAAAUCUGCGCUUAUGCGUGGUGGAGGGUAGAGGUUCGUUCAAAAGAGUCACCAAGUUCUGCCCUGUGCUGGACAAGGAAAAGUCAGGGCUGGAAUGCGUUUUGGGAACAGACCGGUUGGACUGCCUGAUCCGCAUCAGUAAGGGCACCGUUGACUUCGGCGUGUUCAGCCCCGAAGACCUGGUUGCUGCUCAGUGGGCCAACGUGGACGUACUCGUCACCAACGAGCUGCGAUCCAGAGCCAAACCGUUCGAGCGCAGUAUAGUAGCGGUUGCAAGUAAACGCAUCUUGCCGGAACGUGCGUCGUCUCUCCACAAUGUCAUGAGGAACAGCUCACUGUGCCACCCGGGAGCCGGAGUCGACGACAUAAGACCGUUAUCGGAGACACUUACGGGCUACCUAGAAUCGUUGAUCAUCCCGAGAUCGUGUGAGCCCCAGUUGUCAUUAGCUGAGAACAAGAUCAAAGCACUGGCGGAGUUCUUCGGGAGAUCAUGCAAGGCUGGACCAUGGGUGUUGGACAAACACAGGGAUGAUGAGCUGAAAAAUCGGUAUUCGUCGCUGUGCGCCGCUUGCAGUACAACAUGCAGCGAGCACGACCCGUACCAGGGCGGCACCGGCGCGCUCAACUGUCUUUUGGCGACUGGUGACGUCACGUGGGCGGAACUUGACGAUGUCAAGGCCUACUUUGGGUUGAAAAAUAGGAAGAACAACGUACCGUACCCAGACAGCAAAAAUUACGCGUACCUCUGCAGGGACGGCAGCAGUCAGCCGUUGACCGAAGGCACGGAGCCCUGCAUAUGGCUGCACAGGCCGUGGCCUGUCAUUAUAGCUAAAAAGAAAUCAGCAGUCGCGGUGGCCGCCAUAGCAUUGUCUCUGGCUAACAACACAGUGACCGUAGACCAACACUGGAGGGGUGCCUUAGCUGCUUUACUAGAAAUACAUCAAGCACAACCUGAGCCCUUACAACCGCCUAUGGUACCCAUGGACUAUCUGGCGAAGGCUAAAGGAUUUAGAGAAGCCUACAGCCAGACCGGAUGUGACCCGCCCAGGCAUAUAACGUUGUGCAGUACUUCGAUUCUCGCUAAGAAUAAAUGCGAAUGGUUGAGCGAAGCUGGCGCCGUUUAUGGAGUCUCGCCGCCCUUACAGUGUGCUAUUGAGGCAACCAUUGAGGGUUGCAUGGAGGGGACUAGACGCGGGGAAUAUGUGGUACAAGCUGACAGCGACUGGCUUCUCAAAGGGAUUAGAGACUACUCUCUUACACCGAUACUGCACGAAUCCAAUCCAAUUGUGGACCAAACACAUACUGUAGUAGCUUAUGUCGCCGAAUCGUCGGGCAUCACCAAAAUGGCGGAUUUGCGCGGCAAACGAGCCGCGUUCCCACAAUACGACGGCUUCGCGUGGCAUUCCGUUUUACGCUACAUCACAAAGAAAGAGGAUGUGCAAUGCAAAAGCAUCAAAGAUUACUUUAGCCAAAUAUGCGCGCCCGGUUUUGAGAAAAUGAAUGUUACUGAUGAAGUCAGAGAAAGAUUUACUAAAAGCUGUUAUAAAGAAGAUGAUGGUCAGGUUGUGAGCGGGGAAAUGCAAGCGUUACAAGCACUCGUUGAAGGCAAAACUGAUGUGGCUUUCAUAAGAAUGGAGACUUAUAAUUUGUAUGCAGCAAACAAAUUACCGCAAUUCCCCUGGGCGAAAAACCCAAUCAGAAUCACACCGAUUUGUCCAGAGGAGAACACCGUAUACUGCUUCCUGAGCUGGUCCAAUCUCGGUCACAUAUUCACAAACAAAAACAUCACAGCCAUGCGCAAACAAGAAAUCAUUAACGUUUUCACAAAAUUGGACCAGCUAUUCGGCAAACAUUCGCCAUUCCACAUCGCUAUGUUCUCAAUGUACGGAGCGUUUAAUCAUCAAAUGGACGUGUUAUUCCAUAACAACACAUGGAAAUUGACCACCGACGAUAUUCUGCGAUCGUACCCGUACAAUAGGAUCCCGCUCAAUUUCGAACGGAGCUUGUCAAACUCAACUGACAGCUGUCAACUGGAGGAUUUCACGAAUUUUGGCGCUAGAAUGCAACCAUCACUUAUGCUUUUGGCGUCUCUAGUCUUAAUUUUAAGUAGAUAUGUAUAUUUUUAUGAAUAA